AGCGACCCGAACGUUUUCGUUUUGAUCCGUUCCUCAGCAAGCAGGCUACCCAUUGAAAGCCUGUAUGCCUGCUUGUGACAUCUCGAAAUCAACUUUGUAAUGGACUCAGACGAGGGCUAUAACUAUGAAUUCGACGAAGACGAGGAAUGCAGCGAAGAUAGCGGCGCAGGGGAACCAGGGGACUACCGCUUCGAAGUGCUGACUGCCGAGCAGAUCCUCCAGCAUAUGGUGGAGUGUAUCAGGGAGGUCAACGAUGUCAUCCAGAAUCCUGCAACCAUUACCAGAAUACUUCUUAGUCACUUCAACUGGGACAAAGAGAAGCUCAUGGAGAGGUAUUUUGAUGGCAACGUGGAUAAGCUGUUUUCAGAGUGCCAUGUCAUCAACCCCAGUAAAACGUUGACGACGCGACCGAUGAGCACCAGAUCCUCUGCUCAGGACCUGCCAUGUCAGAUCUGCUAUCUAAACCACCCUAACUCAUAUUUCACUGGCCUGGAGUGUGGACACAAGUUCUGCAUGCAGUGCUGGGGAGAUUACCUGACGACCAAAAUCAUGGAGGAGGGGAUGGGACAGACCAUUUCGUGUCCUGCCCAUAGUUGUGAUAUUUUAGUGGAUGACAACUCAGUCAUGCUCCUCAUAACCGACUCUAAAGUCAAGCUGAAGUACCAACAUUUAAUUACCAAUAGUUUUGUACAGUGUAAUAGACUGUUGAAGUGGUGUCCUGCACCAGACUGCCAUCACGUUGUCAAAGUCCACUACCCCGACGCCAAGCCUGUCAGGUGCAAGUGUGGUCGAAUGUUCUGUUUCAACUGUGGGGAGAACUGGCACGAUCCUGUCAAGUGUAAGUGGCUGAGAAAGUGGAUGAAAAGGUGUGAUGAUGACAGUGAAACAUCCAACUGGAUCGCAGCUAAUACCAAGGAGUGUCCAAAGUGUCAUGUGACCAUUGAGAAGAACGGCGGCUGUAACCACAUGGUCUGUCGGAACCAGAACUGUCAAGCUGAGUUCUGUUGGGUCUGUCUGGGGCCCUGGGAGCCACACGGCUCGGCAUGGUACAACUGCAAUCGCUACAAUGAAGACGAUGCCAAGGCAGCCAGAGACUCUCAGGAGCGCUCCAGAGCGAUGUUGCAGAGGUACCUGUUCUACUGCAACCGCUACAUGAACCACAUGCAGUCGCUCCGCUUCGAGCACAAGCUGUACGCCGGGGUGAAGGCCAAGAUGGAGGAGAUGCAGCAGCACAACAUGUCCUGGAUCGAGGUGCAGUUCCUGAAGAAGGCCGUGGACGUGCUGUGUCAGUGUCGCUCCACGCUCAUGUUCACAUACGUCUUCGCCUUCUACCUCAAGAAGAACAACCAGUCCAUCAUCUUUGAGAACAACCAGGCGGACCUGGAGAACUGUACAGAGACGUUGUCUGGAUACCUGGAGAGGGACAUUUCCCAGGAUUCCUUGCAGGAUAUCAAGCAGAAAGUACAGGACAAAUACAGAUACUGUGAGAGCCGGCGGAGGAUGCUUCUACACCAUGUACAUGAAGGCUACGAGAAGGACCAAUGGGAGGACAUUGAGGAUUGAGGACACACCUCCUCAUCUACAACAUGAACUGAAUCAGAGAACCUCUUUUCUCUACAGAAAAUAUUUUUUCGCCACACCUGAUUUUAAAAUCUUGAUGAGUUGAUAAUUUGAAUCAGCAGUCUAGUGCUGGGGCAAACAACUAAAUGUGCCCCCCUUUUGGGUCCCCAGGACCAGGUUUGAGAACCACUGGUCUAGAGAAUCUCUCUGUUCUCUAGUGACCAGAGCUGGUUAGAAUCUGGCAACACCCACUGGUGCAUCCUCUCCUCCCUCACUGCUUUUGUUUUAAUGGAAACUUCAAAAGUUAAAUCCUAUUUCAAUACAGCAGGUAGAAUAUUAAAUAUGAACUGUACAACAUAAAUAAAUCAAAGUAAAACAACAAAUGCAUACAGUGAUUUCAGAAAGUAUUCAGAUCCCUUGACCUUUUCCACAUUUUGUUACAUUACAGCCUUAUUCUAAAAUGGAU